AUGAGGCCUGAGAACCAGAGCAGCGUGUCCCAGUUCCUCCUCCUGGGGCUCCCCAUCCCGCCAGGGCAGCAGGGCGUGUUCUUCACCCUGUUCCUGGGCAUGUACCUGACCACGGUGCUGGGCAACCUGCUCAUCAUCCUGCUCAUCAGGCUGGACUCGCGCCUGCACACGCCCAUGUACUUCUUCCUCAGCCACCUGGCCUUCUCUGACAUUUCUCUCUCCUCUGUCACUGUCCCUAAGAUGCUCAUGAACAUGCAGACUCGGCAACAAUCCAUCUCCUAUGUGGGAUGCAUUUCUCAGUUGUAUUUCUUCAUACUUUUUGCAGGUAUUGACAAUUUUCUUCUGGCUGUGAUGGCAUAUGACAGGUACGUGGCCAUCUGUCACCCUCUGCACUACACCACCAUCAUGAGGGAGGGGCUGUGUGUGCUGCUGGUGGCUGGCUCCUGGGUUCUCUCCUGUGGCAGUGCCUUGUUACACACCUUCCUAUUGGCCCAACUCAUGAGGCCUGAAAACCAGAGCAGCGUGUCCCAGUUCCUCCUCCUGGGGCUCCCCAUCCCGCCAGGGCAGCAGGGCGUGUUCUUCACCCUGUUCCUGGGCAUGUACCUGACCACGGUGCUGGACAACCUGCUCAUCAUCCUGCUCAUCAGGCUUGACUCUCGCCUGCACACGCCCAUGUAUUUAUUCCUCAGCCACUUGGCUCUGACUGAUGUCUCCUUCUCCUCUGUCACUGUCCCUAAGAAUCUCGUGAACAUGCAGACUUGGCAACAAUCCAUCCCCUAUGUGGGAUGCAUUUCUCAAUUGUAUGCAUUUAUAUUUUUGGUAGUCUUGACAAUUUUCUUCUGGCUGUGA